AUGGAGGGGCUCGGAAGGUCACCCCUGUGGCUGAGCAGAGAACUGGCUGCCCCUCAGCCUCAGCUUCUCCUCCUGGACUGCCGGAGCAGGGAACUCUAUGAGUCGGGCCACGUCCAGGGGGCUCUUAGUGUGGCCCUGCCAGCCCUGCUGCUUCGGAGGCUGAGGAAGGGAAAUUUGUCUGUGUGCUCCCUGCUCCCCAGCCCCCUGCACCAGCAGCGGCAGCCCCAGCAGCCACUGCCGCUGCCCCCGCUGCCCAUCCUACUAUAUGAUGAAGGCCGAUGUGUCGAGGAGGAAGAAGCCGAGGCGGCCCAAUCAGUACUAGCCACCUUGCUCCAGAAGCUGCAGGAGGAAGGCCACCCUGCCUACUACCUACAAGAUGAAGCUGUGUCCCAGAACUGUGGUGUGUUGGUCCACUGCCUGGCGGGCAUCAGCCGCUCGGUCACUGUCACCGUGGCUUAUCUGAUGCAGAAGCUUCACCUCUCGCUCAACGACGCCUACGACCUGGUGAAGCGGCAGAAGUCCAACAUCUCCCCCAACUUCAACUUCAUGGGGCAGCUGCUGGACUUUGAGCACAGCUUGAAGCUCAAGGGCGAGGGGCCCAGGGACCAGAGGGAUGGCCAGGGAGUGGAAGGGAACCAGCCCCCGACACCACCCUGUUUCUUCACCACCCCCACUGGAGAAGGCGUCUUUGAACUGGACUCCACCUAA